GCUACUUAGGUAUGGUACACCAAUUCUCGUCAAAUAGGACACACUAAAAAGAUUGGGACCAGGAUAUGUCAACAGAUGAAUAAGUGAAUUCGGAAACGAGGGAUCGCUAAAUAAGCACGGGCAAUAAGUAAAUCCAGCUGGGUUAACCCAAUUUUUUCAACCUCACCUAUUAAAAAGUGUGCAGGUAAAUGAUGAAGCAGGCGGGCAGUGUUUGAGCGGCGGCGGCGCGGCGGGCGGGCGUGACGUCACGAGGCCGGGCGCUCCGGAAGCGGCCCGGAGGCGCUCGCCGGUAGGAGUCCUGCGCUCCCUGGACCGACGACACCGUUUAUUGCAAGCAAACGCGCCAAUUGAACCGCGUGUCCGCUGCUCGCCCACUCGAGCAAUGCUCGCGCCGAAUCGCGACAAUUUCGACUCCUAAUAAUAUUAUGUGCAAUUUUGCGCGUCGCAAACUAAGUUAUAAGGAUACGUUAAUUUUAGUUUUACCCUCGUGUGAAAAUGUAUUGUUUACUUUUGUUGACGGUUGCGGCUGUGUUACUUAAAAGUUUUAGUGCACAAGAUAUUUUAACAGUUGAAGCGGUUUUAGGACACAGUGUGGAGUUACCAUGCAACGUCACGGCGGAGAAAGAAGAUGACAGGCUGAACAUCUUGGCCUGGUACAGGAACGGCUCGACAACGGCUUUUUAUAGCAGUCGCGACCUUCGCGGCGCAGGCAGCGUGAUGUCGUCGGGCGAGCGGUACCGCCUCGUCGCCUCGGAGAGCGAGGGCCUGGAUAAGCUGCAGAUCCUGAAAGUUCGUGCUGCGGAUGCUGGGGUGUAUCGGUGCCACGCGGAUUUCGCUGCGAGCCCCACACGCAAGACCUUCGUACAUUUGACAGUUAUAGAACCACCACAAAAACUUUGGGUGAUAUAUGAAAACGGCACGCGCGUCACUACGGCGAGCAUGGGGUCCAACGCGAGUAGGAACGUUGGACCGUUUUACGUCGGUGAUACUAUUUACCUUUUCUGCGUGGCUUUCGAAGGCAAACCUAAACCGACGUUGUCCUGGUGGACGGGCCAGCGGUUACUUAAAAACGCGACGACACCGCUGUCCGAGCAGCGCGUGCGCAGCGACCUCCGCUACGGCCCGCUGCUGCGCGAGGACCACGGCCGGGUGUUCACUUGCUUCGCGAAGAACAACGAAAACACGCCGCCCCUCUCCAUUGACGUCACUAUUGACAUGUACUUACCACCGCAGCUGGUGUCGGUGCGGGUGUCGGGCAGUAGAGCCGACUCGGUGUCGGUGGGGCGCGUGAGGGCCGACGAGCCUCUCGCGCUGCAGUGCCGGGUGCUCGGCGCAAGGCCACUGCCUCCGGUCGUGUGGAGGCUGAACGACGCGCAGCUGGUCAACUUGGAGCAGAACACCACGAUAGAAUCGUCUCAACGGCUGGUGGUGAGCGAGAUCCAGCUCAGCAUCACGCACGAGCACGACGAGUCGCUGGUGACGUGCUGCGCGCCCGCCUACAAGCGCGACACCGAGGAGUUCGUCUGCGCCGCCGCUCUGCCGCUUACUGUUCUAUAUCCUCCAGUUUUGCAAAUCGUCGUGGAAGAAGCAUUGGACAACUACACAUUGGCAGUCGUCAAAGGUUCCAACGUAUCAAUGAACUGCAGUUACCAGGCGAAUCCGUCCAUUAGUCAGCUCAUUUGGUUCCAUGAGGACGACGUAAUGGCCGAAAACACUCAACACACCGAGGCAGCGAUCCAGCCCACGCUGAGCUUGACUUCGGUGAGCGAAAGUGACGCGGGCGAGUAUGUGUGCGCCGCCACCAACGACGUGGGCUCCACCUACAGCGAGCCUAUCAUCAUUGAUGUCACGUACCCCCCGUUUUGUGAAGACGAAACCGUAGUGGAAUAUGGUGUCGGAGACAACGAAUGCCUGAACCUAACCUGCAAAGUGAAAGCCAAUCCUGAACCCACAGUGUACCAAUGGUUACUGAUCAGCGAAGUCAAUGGCAGCAAGCUGCGAAGCAACCACUCUGUCACACUAGAAACAAAGGACUCCUUCCUCUCAUACGAAAGGCCAAAUGGAACUACCACUCUAAUAUACUGCUGGGGGUUGAACGGUGUAAUAAACAACGAGCUUCAGCCGAAGAGGUGCACGUUUAUGGUCACAGACGAAACAGCUCCGCGUACGCCGACCAACUGCGAGGCAAUCAAGAAUGUGUUGAAGGAAAUAACGGUUACAUGCGAAGAGGGACACGACGGAGGAAUGCAACAGAAAUUCAAAUUCACAGUGUAUUCGUUGGACUCGGAUGAACAACUCGUGUCCAUUAUAAAUCAGGAGCCGAAGUUCAUGAUUCAGGAACCCAAGCAAGCGAACUAUAAAUUCGUUAUUAUUGCAUUCAACGAGAAAGGUGACAGCGAAAGUGUCGAAAUCGAAAGAGACGAUAUUAUUGAUGAAAAUGCGGGUGGAGCAGAGACGAUAAGCGCAGUGACGAACAUAACCACGCUGGCGCUGUCACUGUGCGGCGGCGUGGCGCUGCUGGCGCUGGCGGCGUGCGGGCUGGUGCUGUGCGCGCACGAGCGCGGCUCGCGCACCGACAUCCCGCGCGCGCUGCAGGACCCGCCCCUCUGCGCUUUUAAUACUGACGAUACAUGUGAAACCUUUCACGAUAGCGACGAUGGUAGCGAAUUCAACGUGAGACGAACAGAAUCCUUCAGACGAGCAAUGACGAAGUACCCACCCAAGAACUUCGACGUAAGAAGAACUAGCUCGUUCCAUUCCGCGCGCUACUUGCACGAACACGACGCGCCGAAGUGCAACGAUCUGUCGCGACACAGCGCCAGCUGUCGCGUGCACUCCUUACAGAACAUCAGCAGGAAGAGAGAUAUGGAUAUGCUUUGUGACCAUUUGGUUAUGCAUCUGCCGCCUGAAACUAGCUACAAUGUACCGAAACCGAUGAACACAUUUUAUACAAUGCCUAGAAAAAUGCGUCACAAAGCAGCCAAAGAAAUAAGCGACGAAACAUCGGAAAUCACACAAAAUUCUGAUGGGUUUUCUUUGCCGCCACCGCCAGACGAAUUCGGCACCUAUCGAGCUGCAAGCAGGAUCAGGGAUAUGCCGACAAAAUCAGCACCUGCUUACACACAGGUUAUAAGGCACAAUAAUUCCACUAACAAAGAACCGACAAAGUACAACAACGUUAUUAUUUCCCCAAUGAAUACGGUGGGACUCCCGAGUAUUAGUGGAACACAGCACAGCGUGUAUACUUAUCCGGACGAUGAUCAUCAGGUAAACACAAAUCCUUUUGAUGAUUCCCCUUAGUGCAAUACUAGAUAAUAUUUAGUGUAAUAACUUGUUUAUUUUUCGAAGGACUUGCAAAUAUGUGGAUCCUUGCAAAGUAAAUAUACGUAUAUUUAAUAUUUUUGUAUUGUAAGAGUUUGUAGUUUUAUACUCUGUAAAAAACGCAUGGAUUUAAAUAAAAAGCAUCGUAGGCACGAUGAUAUUUUAUUUACAAAAAUAGAAAUCACAACUGAUUCUGACUAGCAGAAUCGCUUCAUAUUAUUUAUUUUUAUCACAUGCACAUAAUUAUUAGGACUUAAGUAUCUAAUACAUCAUUUUUGUGAAUGUAUAUAGCACUUAAAUUGAGGGAAUAACGAUUAAUUAAUCAGUCACUGCCACAUGUGUAUGUAAUAUUACAUAGUAAUUUUACAAAUCGUUUUAAGUUAUUUAGGUAAUUGAAAAGAAAUGAACUUUUGUAAUUGUACUGGAAUAGAUUUAAUAAAUAAUUCACUGAUGUCAACAUUGCUUUUAUUUAAAAAACCUGAUU